UGUGUCAGGUGCAGCCUUCUUUAGCUGUGAGAUGUGUACUCAAGUUUCAAGUCCUUGAAGUUUGGUUACCUUCCAGGUCGUGAGGAGGACCUGGUAUAGACCGUUCUAAGGAAAUUCAAGAGCAGUCUUUUUUUCUUACUGAUUUCAAACCAGAAAAGUGGAAGAAAAUUGAAAAUAUGAGUUUGAAGAGGAGUAGCCAGACAUUUAAGGAUAGUAAAAAUAUUUGACCGAAGAGUUACUUUGGCCACCUGCUGCCGAGAGCUGGCUCAUUGGGAAAGACCCUGAUUCUAGGAAAGACUGAGGACAGGAUGAGAAUGGGGUGACAGAAGUUCAGAUGGUUGGGUUCAAUCACUGACUCAAUGGACAUGAGUUUAAGCAAACUCUGGGAGGUAGUGAAGGACAGAGAAGCCUGGCGUGCUGCAGUACAUGGGGUCAUCAAGAGUCCGACAUGGCUGAACAACAACAGCAGAAGAAUUUGGAAUCCAGUCCAGCGUAUAGAAAUGGCAAGAAGUCUUUUGAAGACAUCGCCUAACCCUGUAAAGACAAAAUUGCUGCAUCAGAUAGGAUUGUCACUUUAUAAUACUUCUCAUGGCUUCCAUGAAGAAGAAGUGAAAAAAACACUUGAACAGUUUCCUGGUGGAUCCAUUGACCUUCAGAAGGAAAACAAUGGCAUUGGCAUUCUUACUCUGAACAAUCCAAGCAAAAUGAACGCCUUCUCAGGUGUUAUGAUGCUACAACUUCUGGAAAAAGUGAUUGAAUUGGAAAAUUGGACAGAGGGGAAAGGUCUCAUUGUCCGUGGGGCAAAAAAUACUUUUUCCUCAGGAUCUGAUCUGAAUGCUGUGAAAGCACUAGGAACUCCAGAGGAUGGAAUGGCCGUAUGCAUGUUCAUGCAAAACACCUUAACACGAUUUAUGAGACUUCCUUUAAUAAGUGUUGCAUUGGUUCAAGGUCGGGCGUUGGGUGGAGGAGCAGAAGUUACAACAGCGUGUGAUUUCAGAUUAAUGACUACAGAGAGUGAGAUCAGAUUUGUCCACAAGGAGAUGGGCAUAAUACCAAGCUGGGGUGGUACCACCAGGCUGGUUGAGAUCAUCGGCAGUAGACAAGCUCUCAGAGUAUUAAGUGGGGCCCUUAAGCUGGAUUCAGAAAAAGCAUUACAUAUAGGAAUGGUGGAGGACCUCUUGCAGUCUUCAGACGAAACCGAAUGUCUCAAAGAGGCACAAGAGUGGCUACAGCAGUUUAUCAAAGGGCCACCAGAAGUAAUCAGAGCUUUGAAAAAAUCUGUUUCUUGCUGCAAAGAGCUUUGUUUAGAGGAGGCAUUACAGACUGAGAGAGAUCUUCUAGGAACAGUUUGGGGUGGACCAGCAAAUUUAGAGGCUGUUGCUAGGAAGGGAAAGUUUAAUAAAUAAUUUUUAAAAAUAGCAUGUUAAAACCCCAGUGAUCAAUAUGGAUAAAAGUUGAAUGAUAUCAAAUAUGAAUGUCAAAACUACUUAGAAGGUAAUAUUAGUAUUUGCAGUAUAACAACUGUUUGACUACUUGAACUCAGUUGGCCUCGCUUUCAGUUUAUUCAGGUAGUUGCUAAGUGAUUCUGAACCUCUAAAAUACACAACACUUUUGGCUUAAACAUAGUCAUUAAUUCCCAGAUUCCCAUGAUAGUUAUUAGGCUAUAACCAGACUAGUUUUUGAAAGGAAAAACUACACAAAACCUAUUCCUGGUGUUCUUUCUCAUAAAGUCUUUGUCUUGUCUUAACAUGGAAAUAAUUUACAAAAAUAAUGUAAUGAAGCUUAGAGAACAAAAGUGGAAGGGGUCAGGAGACAGGAAGAUUAUGCAAAGUUAUGAUUAGUCCUUUUCUUCUGCUCCAUGCAGCUGCAUUAAAGAGGUCAUGGACUGGCCCUUCUUUUAAGGAUGCUCCUCACCCCACCCUUUUACAAAUUUGGACCUUAUUUGAUGUUUCAAAUAAUUUCUAUUUUUGGUUAUCUAUGAAACAAUGAUGGCCACCAUAUAAAAAGUCUGUUGACUCUACAAAAUUGGCCAGUUGAUUUGUAUGCACCAGAAUUUCCAAGCUAGCAGUUACCAUAGUUUAUGUAGUAAUCAAAUUUUCUGUAAUCAGAGACUCAUGAAGCAUCAUGUUACACAUGAAAUCAGAUUUCUAUUUUUUUUUCCUAAGUAGCCAUCUUUUCUUCUUUUAUAACUAGCUAUAUUUAAAAGUAAAUUUAAUAAUAAAGGAUGACAAACUUCUAUGAUCUUAGUAAUACAGACUUAAAAAUGUAAGUCAAAGAAUUAAGUCCUAAUCUUAUGAGAUAAAAAGUGAUUUUAUAAGGGACUGUUUAUAUUUGCCAUUGUAACAUUCAACUCAUAUUUGAUAAAUUGUAUUAAAGACAAUUUGCAUAUGCUUCAUCAACA